GCUGGCUGGACCCGACCUCUCCGUCGCACCCCCAACUCGGAACUGAAGUCACCGUGGAGCUCCGCAGCCGCCGCCCCACAACUUCCACUGUGAGCGGGAAAUAUGGGAUGUAUAAAAUCAAAAAGGAAAGACAAUCUGAAUGGCGAUGGAAUAGAUAUGAAGACCCAACCAGUUCCAGAAUCUCAGCUUUUGCCUGGACAGAGGUUUCAAACUAAAGAUCCGGAUGAGCAAGGAGACAUUGUAGUAGCCUUGUAUCCCUACGAUGGCAUCCACCCAGAUGACUUGUCAUUCAAGAAAGGAGAGAAAAUGAAAGUCCUGGAGGAGCAUGGAGAGUGGUGGAAAGCAAAAUCCCUUGCAACAAAGAGAGAAGGCUUCAUCCCCAGCAAUUACGUAGCCAAAGUCAACACCUUAGAGACAGAAGAGUGGUUUUUCAAGGAUAUAACCAGAAAAGAUGCCGAAAGGCAGCUCCUGGCUCCAGGAAACAGUGCUGGAGCCUUUCUCAUUAGAGAAAGUGAGACGUUGAAAGGAAGCUUCUCUCUCUCUGUCAGGGAUUAUGACCCUAUGCAAGGUGAUGUUAUUAAGCACUACAAAAUUCGAAGUCUGGACAAUGGGGGUUAUUACAUCUCUCCACGAAUCACUUUCCCCUGUAUCAGUGACAUGAUUAAGCAUUAUCAGAAGCAGUCCGAUGGCUUAUGUAGAAGAUUGGAGAAGGCGUGCAUUAGUCCCAAACCACAGAAACCAUGGGAUAAAGAUGCCUGGGAGAUCCCACGGGAGUCCAUUAAACUGGUGAAGAGGCUAGGUGCAGGCCAGUUUGGAGAAGUCUGGAUGGGUUACUAUAAUAAUAGCACGAAAGUGGCUGUGAAAACCCUGAAGCCAGGCACCAUGUCAGUGCAAGCCUUCAUGGAAGAAGCCAACCUCAUGAAGAUGCUGCAACACGACAAGCUGGUGCGGCUCUAUGCCGUGGUCACCAAGGAGGAACCCAUCUACAUCAUCACAGAGUACAUGGCCAAAGGCAGUUUGCUGGAUUUCCUGAAGAGCGAUGAAGGUGGCAAAGUCCUGCUUCCAAAACUAAUUGACUUUUCUGCUCAGAUUGCAGAAGGAAUGGCGUACAUCGAGAGGAAGAGUUAUAUCCACCGAGACCUACGAGCUGCCAACGUCCUUGUGUCGGAGUCUCUGAUGUGCAAAAUCGCUGACUUUGGCCUUGCCCGUGUCAUUGAGGACAAUGAGUACACUGCGCGGGAAGGUGCUAAGUUCCCUAUUAAGUGGACAGCCCCAGAAGCCAUUAACUUUGGAUGUUUCACUAUUAAGUCUGAUGUGUGGUCCUUUGGAAUUCUGCUGUAUGAAAUUGUUACUUACGGGAAAAUUCCCUACCCAGGGAGAACCAAUGCUGAUGUGAUGGCUGCCCUGGCUCAGGGCUAUAGGAUGCCCCGGAUGGAGAACUGCCCUGAUGAGCUUUAUGACAUCAUGAAGAUGUGCUGGAAGGAGAAGGCAGAGGAGAGGCCCACAUUUGAUUACUUACAGAGCGUCCUGGAUGAUUUCUACACAGCAACAGAAGGGCAGUAUCAGCAGCAGCCUUAGCACACAGGGAGAUAGAUCUGUGCCCAGGGCAGGGAUGGUUGUGUUGGCUGUCUCAUUUCAAAAGGAAAAAUCACAAACACUGGCUGCAGUAGUUAAUUGUGUGCUUGGACCAUCCAUGAUGCCUGCUUUCUGACAGCAGGGGCUAAGAACUCAGGAAGAACACGCCUCUA